AUGCUAUCGGACUAUACGACAACAUUUAAGGUCAUUUUCAACACAAGGGGCUAUUUUGUAAAAGACCCUGACCUUAAAUAUGUUGGUGGGGAAGUGUUUGUCUUUGAGGGCCAAGAUCCAGAUUAUUUCUCAUUCUUUGAAGUCCGUGACUUGGUGAAAAGUAUUGACUCUGCAUUCGAUUAUAAGACUGUUAAGAUGUGGUGGAAACAUGAAGAAGGAUCCCUUGAAGCAGAUAUGUACCCAUUCAAAGAUGAUGGAGAUGCUUUAGAGUCGACUGUAUAUGCAGUUGGGAAUAAUAAUGCUAUUGAGAUAUACUGUGAGGCUAAACCAGAAGCAGAAGGUAACACAUUUAUGGAUAAUGUUAGAGAAAAGGGGAAGGGUAAGAACUGUGAAGAAGAGAAUGAAGGAACAAGUGAUUGUAGUGGGAAUCUGUAA